AACUCAAAAGGAGUGGUUGGUGGUGUUUUGGAUAGCUUUCGUUAUUCUGAUACUUGGAACGAUAUUGUUUGUGGUGCUCGCCAGUGGAGAUGUUCAGCCGUGGGCGAUACUCCGAAAACCGACCACACGAAGAACUACGAUGAUGCAACGACUCAGUAUGAGGCUGGAGAGUAACCGGGGAAGUGCAUUCGAUAUUGCAGAGGUGGCAAGGAAAUUAUCGAAACUAGUCUCCUCACGUUCUGCGUCACUGAAAGACGACGACACUGAAAAUUAA